AUGGAAGAUGUAACGCUUUAUAGAAUGGAAGCGAAUCGCGCAAUCGCAAGCUCAUAUCUCAAGCUCACGUCGUUUUUUCUCCGCGACCAAUCGAAAGAAUGUCAAACAUUGGAAGAGCUUUGGAUUCAAGCGGGAUCGCUGAUUUGUAAUUUAUUGUGAGUUGUUUUUUAAAAGUAUCUUCAAAAAUGUAUAAUAAUUUUUCAGACAAUGUCAAGAUUCGGAGAUAUCCACAAGCCGCAAAUUCUACGAAACACUUCUUCGAAAAUUCCGAUAUAUUAAUGUUUCAUUGGCGACGGAAUUAAACGCUGAAGAGGCUGCAAAUGGCGACAAUCUGGAGAUUUGCAAGUUUUAUGCAUUGUUUUUGGAGCAUUUGAGAAAAGAGCAAGGGGAUGUGCUGAAGAAUGUUUUGGAGAAAUUGGACGAUGUUCCCGGAUUCGAUUGUCAAGCGAUGGUUAAAACAGUGAGUUAAAAUAUUGUAACUACUUAAUUUAAAAUUAUUAAACAUACAAUUUACAGUUCGCAUUCUUCGAUUCCAUCUACGCAAACGAUUCUGCCGAUGAUUGGUGGUCGAUUUUGGCCGAAAAGGUAUCGGAUGUCACCGGUUUCACGACACCAGUUCCACGUCGACAUCGAAACAGCUCAAUGUUCACCACACCGACUGCCUCAUUAAGAAAAGUUCGAUCAGUUGUGAGCACAGCCAGAAGAAGCCCAAUUGUUGAGGCAAUCGAUUCGCCAACUAUGAAAUUCAUGCGAUGUGAUCGAGAGUUGAAGGAGCUGAAGAAGAAAUUGGUAGACACUGAGAGCAAGUUGGAUGAAGCCGAGAACGAAAACAGUUCACUGUUGUCGGAAAAUCGAGAGUUGAAAUCGAAAUUAGUCGAUGUUCGCUCGAAUUUUUCAGCCGAUAGAGGAACUAUUGAAGGUCUCGAAGAAAACAACAAAAAAUUGAAAGAAGCGCUCGAUGCCAAGACUUUGCAAGUCGAAAAUCUCAAUCGAUCAGUAGAAGAAGCUGGGCAGAGUGUGAGUUGUUUGAAAAAUUGAAAAUGAUUUUUUUAUAAAAUGUUAUUUUAGAUGCGCAAUCUCUUGCGGCGCAUGGAAGAAUCUGAUGCUGAGAAGAUCGCUGCAGAAGAGAAGCUUGUCACGCUCGAAGAAUCGAAAUCAUCGCUCAUGAAACAAUUGAUGGAUGCGAGACAAAAUAAUGAGGCAGAUUACAAGAAAUGGCAAACAUCCACUGCUGAACUAUCUUCAAACUUGGCCCAUUAUCAAAAAGCGUUCGACGAGCUCUCUAUGGAAAUGACAGAAAUACGAAGUUCGGAAAAGGAGGCGAACAUUGAAAAUGAGCGAUUGAAAGAAUCGAUGAACCAAAUGGAGACUUUGAAUGUUCGAUUGGAAUCGGCGAAGAAUCACCUCGAAGAAGAAUUGCGAAAGAAUCGAGAGCAAUUCGAUGAGAUGUUGAAGAAGGAGAAAAAUGAUCGAGAAAUUGCAUUGGCACAUCGAGAUGGAUUAUUGACCUAUGCGAACAAAACAAUCGAACGAAUCAGUGCUGAAUUGGAAUCGGAAAGAGCUGAAAGAAGUAGUUUGAAAGAUGCACUUGAUUCGUUGCGACAAGUUACAGGUCAAAAGCAUCUCGAUGAUGUUCAGGUUAGUUUUUUUGACAUCCAUCCUUAUUUUUAUUGUGUAUUUCAUUGUUUUCAGAGCACAGAAGCAUUGGCAAAUGCCAGAUCAUCUUUUCAACUUGCUCAAUCAAAAAUCGAAACUCUCGAAAUCUCGGUUCAAUCGAAAGAAAGAAUGAUCGCCACAUUGAAGUCGCAACUCGAUCAACAACAAGAACUGAUGACAACUGAAUAUGCUCUUCAAGAAAAGUUUGUUGCACAAUUCCACAAAGAAAAAGAAUGCCUGUCGAAGCAACUUGUAAGUUUUUUGUUUUUUAUUUCAAAAUCAUAAUGAAUAUUUUUAGGCUGAAACAGAAGAGAAGAAUGCGAGAAUGAGCGACGAGUUUGCCAAGAAAUCAAGCGAGCUUGAAGCUGAGAAUGUGCGAUUGGCCACCGAAUUGAGUGUUGCCAAGUUUCUGAGAGAAGACCUGGAAAAUGCGGAGAAACUCAAUGCCAAGCUGGAAGUCGAAAAGGCAGACCUCGAAGAAGAAGUUGACGAAAUGCGCUCAAGACUUCAUCGCGUCGACAAAUCGUCAAUUGUUCUCGAUGAUUUCGAAAAGAACGACAUUUAUGAGAUGUUGAUGAAUGCGCCAACUUAUACACCAGAAAUGUUCGGAAUAAAACCACGACAAACAAUUGCAUCUGGAUUGGAGGUUUGUUUUCAUUUUAUUCUAAACAAAUCCUAAAAAAGUUUUCUUUUUAGUUCAAUACUCCGUGUAGUUCUGCGAGAGUAUCAUUGGUUCCUGAUUCGGCAUCAUCAAAGUUGACAUCAACUUAUAGAGAUUCGAUGCGUUCAUACAACUCGCAAAAGGUUCAAUUUUUAGAGUAAGUUUUUUUUAUUUGAAAGAGUUUUUUUCAUUUCAAAAUCUGAUUUUUUCAGAGAAGAACCAUCUGAAAAUACACCAUCAACCGAUGAAGUAACCAAAAAGAAGAAUCGCCGAAAAUCAAUGGCUAGCUUGACAUCGGUCUUCAAAAAGAAGAAUUAA